AGGUGCGGACAGAGCAUGAAACACCGCUGCGAUAAUGGCUUAUGGAAAGGGAAAGGUAGGGAGCUUUCUGAUUUUCUAUUUGACCUGAAGAAGGUCUCGCACCUCCUGGAGCUCCAAAGUUUGGGAGAAUUAAAACUCUUUCGAGCAGAUCUAACUGAUGAAGGGAGCUUCGAUGCCGCUGUCUCUGGAUGCGAAGUGGCAUUCCACGUCGCUACUCCAGUCCACUUUGCUUCUCCGGAUCCUGAGAAUGACAUGAUGAAACCAGCAAUUCAGGGAAGGUUAAAUUUUGCCAGAGACUCCACAAUUCCGCCCGGGACGAAGUGAUUCGCUCCUGGAAACAUGUGAAGGACAAAACUGGGGAGAACAUUGGAGGAAU